GACGUACACCAAGUCUCGUCAAGCAAAUUCCCCUACAACGAUCGCCGUCCUCAGAUCUCCGAUCCCAUUACUUUCCCCGCCUUCUCGACGCCCCCUCCGCUGCCACCGCCAACAUCACCGCUCUUCUUGAAAAAAAGCCGGGUGCAAGACUUUUAUGCUGACUCGUCCAGAGCUCGGAGUUCUGAAGAUGUUCGAGGCCGCUGAGGACAAGGGGCUGACGCUGUUUGCGCCUAACGACGAGGCUUUCAAGGCGAAGGGGGUUCCGGAUCUGAACAAGCUCAGCAGCGCUGAGCUUGUGACGCUGCUGCAGUACCACGCGCUGCCCAGUUAUUCUCCGAAGGCGUCGUUGAAGGGAACCCAUCAUCCCAUCGCCACCAUGGCCACGAGCGGAGCUGGUAAGUUUGAUCUGACCGUGGGUUCUCAUGGCGAUGAUGUGAGCUUGGAGACUGGAAUGGGGAGUUCUCGCAUUGCGGAGACGGUUCUUGAUGAUACUCCGGUCUGUAUUUUGACUGUGGAUAGUAUCUUGCUGCCGUCAUAGUUGUUCGGUG